CGACAAAACAAAAGCGUGUAAACAAUAGAUGAAAGUGCCGGUGCCAUUUACGGGGUGGCAGAUGGCUACUCCUUUGCUAAUAAAUACAGGACUUUAAUUCUAAAAUAGUAAGUUCAGCUUUGGACAUUCUUCACGAGAAGACUUGAUUUAUUAUUUGCUCCCGAGAGAUAUUUCCAGAUACACAGAAUUCCAGAAUUACACCUGUUUCCGGCCUUCAAGAUCAAACCACAGCACUUAUAAUGUAUCGAAUGGACAAUCCGCUUAUGGCUUCGCCUCCCUCCUACCUUAGUCGGCCAAAUCUUAUCAGCCCGUCUUCAAUCGCCAUCACAUCCUACGAACCUGACUUCAGCAAGGCCAUUGCUUCCAUCAUCUGGUCUCGACAUCGUACUCAAACGACCUGCGUCAUCUUCAAAUGCAACGUCAAUAACUGUCCGCUGUGCCCAUCAGAUAUCGUCAACUCAACGUCAACGCCAUCUAGCAAGAGAGUAACGAGGAGUCAGCGAAGAAAGUUUGUUCUCGCCAAGAGAUCGGUCGAGCAGAAGAAAAGUAAAUCGACGACAGCUUCGGCCGCGGACUGGCCAUUGCAUCUGACUUCAGCAACGGCUCCGUACAGGCGUCCGUCUCAUGAGCCAUGGAACUUCAACUCAGAUCUUAACAUGAACUUCUACCCAAACAGACUGGUGCAGCGACCCGACUGGCCAUGGAUGUCGUCUCCCUCAUCGUACUCUCUGACCACAUCACCCAGUAGUAGCCGCUCAGUUUCUCCUGCCAGCUCUGUCGAUGUCAACAGCCGAAGCGUCGAUACAAUUUCCUCUUGCAAACUGACAUCGUUUCUCUCAUCGCCUUCGAAGCGACGCCGAGUCGACGAGAUUUAGACUCUUUCGACAAGAUCACAUUCAAGGAUAUUGAUGAGGGGAAUUUUCAAAUAUCAGACUGAUCUGCAUAAUAAUCAAAUAAGUGUAAGGAGGUCGUUGGUGGCGGGCUUUAGAACCGUGACCUUCACCCCGUUCCCACCCCGCUUAUAGGUAAGCAAGGCUUAGUUUUUAUGUGUGUUUAAAUUGUUAUAUUUGAUAAUAUUGUUACUAUGUUUUGUUCAUAUCCUGGUUUAAACGAAUUAGUAUUAUUAUAAGGCUUAAAAAUAUGUUCAAAGAACAUGAUAUUUGUUAACAGAAAGGUGUAAUUUAAGGCGAUAUUGUUGUUACGUAAUGCUCAGAGGGUGUGACUUCUCAAUGUACAAGUAGAUUACACGUAGAGGAAAUGGAUGCGUAGGCUAUGCCUGUACGGGUACGUGUAGAAUCCAUUUGUGUGUACGGUCAAUUGGGCCUUGGAGUGUGACUAUUGUAGUCGGGAACUUGGGCGCUAAUGACUAUGUGUUAGGUUUUGGUGUAGAGAAACCUGAUUAACGAAGAAUUAUGAUCUUUUAAGUUUGAUUAAUUAUGUUAGGAAUUUGUAUUUGAUCCAGCUUAUACACUUUGGGCAUUUGCAUUGUCUUAAAUAAGUUAAAGUUAUUGUUAUUAACGAUUCAAAUGUUUUAGUGUAGUGCACACUGUUUACCUUUUGUUGUCAUAAUGCUGAAAGAUGUGUCGUUGUUUAUUCUUGUAAUUGAUAACUGUUUAUCAUUACUUGACCCCGUUCCCACCCCGCUUAUAGCGGUGUGUCCUUUACAGAAUAAAGAGCACCAACUCUA